AGCAGGAGUGCUUGAGGCGGAGCCCACCCACGUUCGUGGUGUGUACAGGCCGGGCUUGCAGACACACACACACACACACACACACACACAGUCGGCUUGGAGAAGUUGAAGCUGGCUGCAGGAUGCUGCACGCGCGGAAGCUGCGGCUCUGCUUUCCCAGAGCACGCGCCUGGGCUGCUCGGGUGCCUCGCGGUUACCACGGGGACAAAGUGGCGACGGUCGGCUCGGAGCCCGAGACCAACUCUGCCCUCUUCCAGGAAAAUUAUGAACGAAUGAAGACACUAGUUGCAGAAUUGAAUGAGCGUGCAGAGAAAAUCAGAUUGGGGGGAGGAGAAAAAGCUCGACAGCGUCAUACAUCCAGAGGAAAGUUGCUCCCUAGAGAACGUAUUGACCGACUGUUAGAUCCGGGAUCUCCAUUCUUGGAGUUUUCACAGUUUGCGGGUUAUCAGUUGUAUGGUGACGAGGAGGUACCAGCAGGAGGCAUCAUCACAGGCAUUGGAAGAGUAUCUGGGGUUGAAUGUUUGAUUGUUGCCAAUGAUGCAACAGUAAAAGGGGGAUCAUACUACCCAAUCACAGUGAAGAAACAUGUAAGAGCACAAGAGAUUGCAACACAGAACCACCUGCCUUGCGUUUAUUUAGUGGAUUCUGGUGGUGCAAACCUACCACGGCAAGCAGAUGUGUUUCCAGAUCGAGACCAUUUUGGGCGCAUCUUUUAUAAUCAGGCCAAUAUGUCUGCAAUGGGAAUUGCGCAGAUAGCUGUGGUCAUGGGUUCAUGCACAGCAGGAGGAGCAUAUGUGCCUGCCAUGGCUGAUGAAAGUAUUAUCGUGAAGAAUCAAGGGACAAUUUUCUUAGGAGGUCCACCUCUGGUAAAAGCUGCUACUGGUGAGGAGGUUUCAGCUGAAGAUCUUGGAGGUGCUGAUCUCCACUGCAGGAAGUCUGGUGUAACCGAUCACUACGCCUUGGAUGAUGCUCACGCACUUCACUUGGCACGAAAGGCUGUACGAGAUCUCAACCAUCAGAAGAAAGUGGAUGUGACGCUGGAAGCCCCAGAAGAACCACUGUUCCCUGCUGAAGAGUUAUAUGGAGUAGUCGGUGAUAAUCUGAAAAAAAGUGUUGAUGUCAAAGAGGUUAUUGCCAGGAUAGUGGAUGGAAGCAGAUUUAAUGAAUUCAAAGCCUUUUAUGGAGACACUUUAGUUACAGGGUUUGCAAGGAUUUUUGGAUACCCAGUCGGCAUCAUUGGAAACAAUGGAGUCCUUUUCUCAGAAUCUGCAAAGAAGGGAACUCAUUUUAUUGAGCUGUGCUGUCAGCGAAACAUCCCCCUCAUAUUUCUACAGAACAUAACAGGUUUCAUGGUCGGAAGAGAAUAUGAAGCUGGUGGAAUAGCUAAGGAUGGAGCCAAAAUGGUGACUGCAGUUGCAUGUGCAAAUGUUCCCAAAAUUACUGUAAUUGUCGGUGGUUCCUAUGGUGCAGGAAACUAUGGAAUGUGUGGAAGAGCAUAUAGCCCAAGAUUCCUCUACAUGUGGCCAAAUGCACGCAUCUCUGUGAUGGGAGGUGAACAAGCUGCUACUGUUUUAGCUACAAUUACAAAGGACCAAAGGACAAGGGAAGGAAAAGGGUUCUCUGCAGAAGAUGAAUCAGCUCUAAAGGAACCAAUCAUCAGGAGAUUUGAAGAAGAAGGCAGUCCUUACUACUCUAGCGCCAGGCUGUGGGAUGAUGGCAUAAUUGACCCUGCUGACACAAGGCUGGUGUUGGGUCUAAGUCUUAGUGCUGCACUCAAUGCACCCACAAAGAAGACAAACUUUGGAAUCUUCAGGAUGUGACCUAGGCAUUUGUCUAUUAGACACAAUAUUUUCCACCUUUCAACUGUAACAGGAGAACUGAAUUAAUCAAACUACUGUAAAACUUUGUGAAAUAAAAUUUGAAUUUCAA